UGGAGGGUAUAAUCCGACUCAAACCGUUGCCUGCGAUGGCUCUACUAUUAUUACCCCACUCGGUUUUUUUUUCACAAAGGGAGCGUCAUUGUUCACUUCAAUACAAUGAACAAGGGAUUUCUGUUGACUGCUGAAAAUGGAAAAAGAGGCGCCAUGCAUUUGAGGAGGUCGGCCACCUUCUAUUCCGAUUGUUUGUCUGGAUCCGCUGGUUGGAAUACAUGUACAUGUAUCAGCGCAACGUGUCGUGAUAGUUACAUGAACAACAAUGACAAUUUGAAUCUACACCAUGAAAACCAGCAAAGCCUGGUAGAGUAAAUUGUUUGCAUCAUGGCGAAGUCAGGCAGUGUGACUAUCCCGGAGACCGAGCCUCCAUACGGCUGGGUAGUCGUAGCGAGCAGUCACGUCGUCUUCAUUCUCUGGACGGGCUUUGUCAAGACUAUCGGGGUUCUCCUGCCGUCGCUGAUGGACUUCUACCACACCGAUGCCCUAGCUCUGGGUUGGAUCACGGCUUCAUUUUGUGCGACGAACAACAUAGCCGCUGUGUUUGGUAGUGUGUUGAGUAUCCUCAUUGGCGGUCGCCAAGUGGUCAUCCUAGGCGGUCUCAUGGCAACCAGUGGUCUAUUGUUAGCAUCAAUCUCCAGCAGUCUCUAUCAGUUUGCUCUAGCGCUCAUCUUUCUCACUGGAAGUGGCUUUGGGAUGGUAAUGUGCGUCUGCAAGGUUCAUCUUGGAUUGUACUUCAACGAACGUCUGGCUUUUGCUUCGAGUAUUGUUACGAUGGGCGUACCGGUGGGUUUGAUCAUUUUCCCGGCGUUUGCUGAGCUGCUCCGCAUCACGUAUGGCAUAAGGGGGACUUUACUCAUUCUAAGUGCGCUCACCAUGCACCUCGUAGCGUGUGGAGCCUUACUGCGCCCAUCUUUUGGCAUCAGUAGCCAACAACGAGGGGGAAACGAAGGCUAUGCGCUGAUAACAUCUUCAGAGACCGAGAAACAAUCCCAUCCUUGCCAUAUACUGAGAACACACCUGGCAGGACUUCUGGACGUUAAACUACUAGCUAGCGUGGACAUGUGGAUGCUGAUCGUGUGCUACACGCUGGCCUCUUUCGUGAACGAUUCCUGGAUCACCUUCAUGGUGUCCAACGCCGUCUCGAAGGGAUUCGACGAUUACGUGGCGACGACUUUCAGCAUCACCGCCGGUUGCUCUGCCGUGAUCUUCAGCGUGCUUCAGGGCAUCAUCAUCACCCGUGGAAUCGCUGGUAUCCGCCCUGUCACGGCGGUGGCCACUGCCAUCGGCAGCACGGCGUUGUUUCUGAAUCCCCUUCUCACUAGCUACUCGGCCAUACUUGUUGCCGUCGUGAUGUACGGCAUAUCGCUGGCUGUUCUGAACCCCAGCUUCGUCACUCUGGCGAUUGAAACUCAAGGACGAGAACGCGCCUCAAAGGCCUUCGGCUGGAUGGGCCUCUUCUCGGGGAUUUUCAGACUCCUUUUUGGAUUCUCAACCGGUCUCCUUCGCAAUAUCACAGGAUACUACAACGCUACCUUCAUCUUGCUAGGAGCUAUGUUGGCCAUCAUUAUACCUACGCUUUUCUUGGAUACGCUGGUGUCUAAAAUGUUGGAACAUCGGCUGGCGUUAGUAAAACAACGAUGAUGAGGCAUAGACGAAAAAACACUAGUCUUAUGGCUGUAUCAGUCUGGAAAGACAUCUGACUAAAAUGAGGGACAAUUAAAUAAGACGAUCACACCAGGCCCGCAUGUCUCUACUAUCGAUCACCAGCGUCCAAGACUAGAUAGGACGGGGAUCAGUGUAUUCUCUUCGAAGUGAAUUGCCAAGUCCCAAACUAUUCAAAAUGUGUGCAUUAAUUAUUCAAAAUUCAAAAGUGAAUAUCCGUUUUAUUAACUCCCAGAAAGAAAACGCAAUUUAUGGAAAUAUAAUCCAGUAUUUUCUUGAUAAAAUUCGAAUAUAGCACGAACAGUGCAUCAAGCUCAUAAUCGAAUUAUCAUAAUGCAGAAGAGGUGCUGUUUUUUUUGCUUAGUGUUGCUUCUGCUCUGUUAGCUAAUAAGCGAUGUUGUUUUACACAUAGUCGUGAAUCGUUGCAUUUUACCACCUGCUAUUUCUGUCUGAAAAGAUAUUUGGUUUCAUUUGGGAAUCAUAUUUCCCUUCAAAUAACAUUGUUAGUAGCCUUUAAUUUCAAGACGAGAAUAUAUCAAAUGGAAAUUUGAUGAUACCGUCUGCAAAUUGGCAUUAAGCCUAUGUUGAUGAAAGUAUUCGUUUUUUUUUUUUACAUUUUUGUUUACAUUUGUUGCCCGAAGUGCCGAAGUGCCAGUAACAUUAAAGAUGAAAAGUGAAUCAAGAAUUUGGUCAUCAAGCUUCAUGCUGAAAAGCUUUUGGUUAAUAAGCAAAAUAUUUCCGGUCUAAAAUUUCCAUACAUGGAGUACGCCCUCUCCUUUAGUCUUUACGUCUUAUUUUACACACAGAUUGGUUUGUACAAAAUAAUGAAGGUUUGCACAGUGGCGCACCCAGGAUUUUUGUUACAAAUUUGUUAAAAGUUGAAUAAAAAAAAAAAAUGUUGCCCAUAAUUUUUGGCUGCGGAAAAAAUUGGU